UUCUCUUUCCCUCCAUUUUUCUCCUUUUUCAUAAAAUGUAUAUAUAGCUAUAUAUUUUGUAGAAAUUUAUUUACAGUACAGUUUGUACUCAAAUGUCUCAAGCUCAGUGCACUUGUUGAUGGUUAGAAUUAUUAUAAAUAAAUUAAAUAGAGCAUAUAACACCUGCUGAUGAUUUUAAUUAUUCAUUUUUUUAAAUUAAUAAUGUCUGUGCUUUUGUUUGCUCAUUGAAUUUAAUUGAUUAAUUAAGUUUUUAAUAAAGAUCUUUAUUUAUCAGUCACAUCAGAUGACAAUGGAGGAAGAAAAGCUGAAGAAAAGAAAACAACGUGCGAAAAAAGAUGGAAACGUCAAACAGCUAGCAGAGAUAGUAAAAGAACUUGGAGAUUUAUAUUUUGAAUCUAAACGAAUGGAUGAGGCACUUGAAGAAUAUGAGGAGCAGCUGAGGUUGUGCGAAGUUUUGAAUGACCCGCUAAGCACUGCGGUGGCUCACAGGAUGAUCGGGGAGAUCCACACUGAUGGUGGUAAUUAUGAAGAGGCUCUGUCGCAUUUGACGAAAUAUUUAGAGGGUGUGAAGGAGACGAGAAAUUUGAUUGAACAGCAGAGAGCUUACGCUACCCUGGGUAGGAUGUACUUUUGUAUGAGCGAAGCCUGUGAGAAGUCGGCACAAAAGCAGGAAGCUUUGGCUGCUGCCAAGAAAGCUUACAGCAAGAGUUUGAAGUUGUGCGAUAAGUUGGAGCAGGGUAAAGAUAUCAGGGAUGUAGAGGUGAUGAUGAUGCGGGCAAGGCUGCUUUUGAAUUUAGGGCUGGUACUAGAGGUCCAGAAGGAGCUGGACGAAGCCAUUGAGUUGAUAGAAAAAGCUGCGCAGCUCUGCGAGAAGCAUAAAUUGAAUGAAGAUCUCUAUAGGAUUCACAUCGCGCUGGGUGCUGUUCAUGAGCGACAAGAAAAUUAUCCUGACGCUUUACAACGGUAUGAGUUGGCGGUAAAACUGUCUCAUGAACCUGAAAAAAUUACUGCCGCGCGGAUCAGUCAAGCCGAACUCCUAAUAAAGACGGGCGAUUGGCCUGAGGCGCGUAAAAUUCUCGUUUCCCUUUACGUUGAUAAAAAAAAAGUUCCUUCGCUGAGUGCGACUGUCUCUAGGUUACUGAAAAUAGUCGUGGUGAUUGAUAAAUAUGAGCUGGACUUGUGUCUAGAAGAGGACAAUGAGAAGCGGAUGAACUUGUAUGAGAAUUUGGGAGACGCAGCAGCUGCUGGCGGCUGCUAUGAUAAAGCUAUUGAGUAUUACAAAGGAAUGUUGUCGUGUGCUGAGAAAAAACCCGAUGUCUAUCGUAGUAAAGUGAGCGCAGCUUUGGUGAGUCUCGCACAGACACUCAAGGAUGCCAAGCAGUACGAGGAGGCCUGCAUUUAUGCCCGAUUAGAACUCAAACUUUGGGAUCAAGAUCAUCGGGAAGCCUGUCGCUCAGCUUUGUUUCUCGCGGAUUUGCUUUCUAACGUAAAACAGACGUCAAUAAUUGAAUCGGAGGUACGCGAGGUCUAUGAAUCUGCGCUAACUAGCGCGUCAAAGUCGUUGGAUCAACGUCUGCAGUUGACUGUGCUGGAAGAAAUGCAGGUUUAUUUGAAGGAAAUAGGCGCCACAGAAGAGGCUAGAGAGAUAAAUGAUAAAAUAGAGACAUUGAGAUCGUUAAUAAUUGAUGAUGAGUCGUCGAGUAGUAGCGAGGGUGAAGAAAAUAUUGCGAUAGGGAUGGAUAUUGAUUUAGACGAGCUGUCGGAUGUUGAAGCCGAGUUGCAGAAGGAAGAAAAAUCUAAAAGUUCCCGUCGCUCUUCUAGACGUGGGUUCGUUAUAAAACGCAAUGAGAAAGGGGAGACGAAACUUCACGUUGCCUGUAUCAAUAAUAAUAUCCAGGAAGUUAUGAAUCUUUUAACAGCUGGACAUCCUGUUGAUAUCAGGGACAACUGCGGCUGGACUCCGCUGCAUGAGGCUGCUAAUUUCGGUCACAUUGAAAUAGCCCAGCUAUUAAUAAAGCACGGUGCGAAUUUAAAUGACCCUGGCGGUGCUCAAUGUGGCAAUGUAACGCCACUUCACGAUGCAGCGUCUUGUGGGCAUUUUUCUAUGAUGAAUUUAUUGAUCGAACGGGGUGCUGACAUUAGUUUAAGAACGAAAGCCGGUGAAUCGAUACUGGAUUGCUUUGAAAACUGGCGGGAUCGAUUGGAGCAUGACCGGAAAAAAGGAAUAGUCGAGUGGACGGCGACUGAUGAACAGGAAUACAAAUUAAUUCGUGAUAAAUUGCGUCUUGUGCUGCCGUCAAAGCUCAACAAAUCAUUUGACGAACCCCUAAUUGACGAAGACGUGAGUUCCCAAAUUACUGUUGACUCAAAAGAAGACAGAUAUAGAUCUCCAAAGAAACCACCGUCGCCCGAAAGAAUAUCCGCCAGCGAGGACUACCGGAGAACUAUCGAGAGCUUGAAGAAUAGAAAUUAUUUAAAUCAACCGUACGAGUCCAGUUCGAAAUCUGUUAACAAUAAAAUUACGCCGCUGAUUGAUAGCGAGCAGCAGCUGGUGGACGAUUGGCUUGAAGACGAUUUAUUUGCACCUGCAGCAACGAAUAAUUUAAAACGAGCGAGCAGUGAUGAGGUUGUAAAUCCUAUUUCUAAGAGAAAGUCAUUUAAUUCUAGUUCUGUUACCAUAUCUGACGGUGAUGAUGAUGAUGAUGAUGAUGAUGAAGACAUUUUUGUCAAAAAGAGCCCGACAAAGACUGUGAGAAGACACAAAAGUGCUACGGAGACUACCAGUAAUAAAAAUAUUAAAUUAAAUAAAAAUAAUUUACGGAGCCAGCCGAAGAAAGUUAACAGUCAGAACCAAAAGACUUUAUUUGUAACAGGCUUUACCAAAAAUACUUCCCAAACAAAUCAGCUGUCGAUACAAAAAUACACAAAUGAUGUAGAUAGUGUAAAAAAAUGUAGCUUAAGUAUUGAGUCAAUAAAUUUUAAGAUAACUAUUGAAAACAUGUCAAUAAAUUUGAAACUGAAACGCCCUGAUGAAAGUAACUAUUUAUUUAAUAAUUUGGUUAAUGAGAUUACGAAAUAUAUUUAUCAAAACACUGGUUGCAGCGCUAAAAUAAUAAUUUCCACUGGUAAUGAUGAAGAAUUGCUGCCGGAGAAUUUAUUAAAUUUAGUUUUUACAAAUCAAAAUGAUGUUAUACAUCUAUACGGACAAAUAGUUGAUCUAGUUGUGCCAAAAAUUACUGAGAGAUACAAAAUAAUUUGCUCAGCAAUGGAUAUUGAUGUAUAUAGUGAUUCAAAACAAUUAAAAUCAUUACGAGCUUGUGAAGAUUCCGAGAUCCUGCGUUUAAAAGGGGAUGAUGAAGACAUCGAAGUGGUGGCAUUACUCAAGAGCCUGGAAUACGAAAAAAAUCUAAAAGUAUUAGAACUGUCGUCGUGUAGUUUAUUUGGCCACGGCGAGUUACUUAAUUAUACAUUGAACCAAUUGAAACAAUUGCAAGAACUACACUUGCCUAGUUGCGACAUCGAUUCUGAUUGUAUUAAAAAAUUGGACAGUCUUCCAUCGCAACUGCGAAUUUUGAAUUUAAGCUGUAAUCCACUGAAUAAAAAAUCACAAAGUAAACUCACCGAGCUGAUAACAUCACUCUACUGUUUACAGGAAUUAAAUUUACACAAUUGUAAAUUAAAUAAACUUGAAUUGAAUUCAAGGAGCACAAUUAGUACGAAUUUAAUUAAUUUAGAUUUAUCGUGGAAUAAAAUAUAUGAUAAUCAAGUUGACUAUUUACUCCAACGUCAAUUAGUUUAUUUAAAUUUAUCGCAAACAACACGGCUGCCCAUUACCAGUGAAAUAAAUUUAAUGGCUUACACGAGCUUGGAAAAUUUAGAGCUCGCCGGUUGCAAUUUAACCGACACAGAUGUUAUACAAUUGUUGGACAAAUGUAAAAAUUUAUCUAAAAUUAUUUUGAAUAAUAAUUCCCAAUUAACUUACACGGCGUUAGAAUCUCUGCUCGCGUACAAACCGACGUUAAGUUUAAUAGACACCAUGGGGUGUCAGAAAAUCACCGCAAUACCAAAUUACAAUUUAAUUAUUGAUGAUCCGUCUGUUUGUACUUUGAAAACUAGUAUGCAAUCAGACGUCUGUGACUCUUGGGCGAGAUUAUGGUGCGGGAAAGCAAAACAAUUUAAAAUGCCUUACGACAUUGUAAUUUUCAAACCGUUUUACUGAUUAGAAAAAUAUUUAUUAAUUUAUUUUUUACAAUUAAUAUCAAAUAAUAAAUAAAUUUGUAAUUUUUUUAUGACUUUAAUGUAAAUAUGUAAAUUUUAU